UCGGCCCGCCCUCAUUUGGAUCACCAAAACAUCAGCGGACCGGAGAACCGCCCCGCUUCUACCGGACUGAUUCUGCCCCGGCUCUGCGAGGCUCUGACCCGGCUCUGCGAGGCUCUGUCCCGGGCUGUGUCUGCGGUUGCGGCUCAGAGCGGCGGAGCAGGAGGAGCAGCAGGCGGAGGAGCAAGUAUUUGUGCAGAUGAGACUUCGACCUUCUGGAUUAAAGUGUCAUCAUUAUUUAUCCUGCGCCCAGUGCAUCAUGGGAUCUGCAGUCCUCCCCGUGCUCCUCCUCUCCCUGGUGACAGCAUCAGUGUGUGCUGAAAUGAGCGGGACCAGCCAAGGUGGCGCUGUCCUGUGCCCUCUGCAGUGUGUGUGUGAGACGCGACCCUGGUACACCCCACAGUCUUUGCAUCACCAGGCCCAGACGGUCGACUGCAAUGAACUUCAUCUGCAGAGAGUACCAGCCAACGUCUCUGCUGACACACAGGUGCUGCUGCUGCAGAGUAACAACAUCUCUUCUAUAACUACCGAACUGCAGAGUCUGACUAACCUGACAGAGCUCGACCUGUCCCAGAACCACUUCACACAGGUGAGUGCCGUGGGCCUCUCCUCUCUUGGCCGCCUGGUGACUCUGUACCUGGAGGAGAACCACAUUGAGGAGCUGGAGGACUUCUGUCUGAAGAACCUGUCCAGUCUGGAAGAGCUCUACAUCAACCAUAACCACAUCUCCUCCAUCGGGCCCAAAGCCUUUGCCGGCCUCACCAACUUGCUGCGGCUCCACCUGAACUCCAACCGUCUGGUGGCUAUUGACAGUCGCUGGUUUGAGUCUCUGCCAUCCCUGGAAAUUCUGAUGAUUGGGGAAAACCCUAUCCUGGGUCUGGAGGAGAAGAACUUCUUGCCUCUGUCCCACCUCCACAGCCUGGUCCUUGCAGGAAUGGGACUGGCCUCGGUCCCCUCCGCUGCUUUCUUGGGCCUGGAAUACCUGGAGAGCCUCUCUUUCUAUGACAACCAUCUCAGGUCUGUUCCUCGCGAUGCCCUGAGCGUGCUCCCAAACCUGAAGUUCCUAGACCUGAACAGGAACCCAAUCAGCCGAAUCCAGCAGGGAGAUUUCCAGAACCUUCAGCACCUGGAGGAACUCAGUCUGAACAACAUGGAGGACCUGCUGAUGGUAGAGAAAGCAGCUUUUCAAAACCUUCCAGAACUUGCCAAACUGGAGCUCUGCAACAACCCGCGACUGUCCUACAUCGACCCACAGGCCUUCAGUAACCUGCCCUCCCUCCGGACUCUCCUCCUUCAUAAUAACCAGCUCAGCCUCCUCUCUGGAGACCUCCUCUCCUCCCUCCGCUCUCUAGAGGAGGUUUCUCUUCACUCAAACCCUCUGCGCUGCGACUGUCUCUCCUCCUGGGGGCCUCACUUUGGUAACCAAUCACACCUCAAGCUGCUGGAUUCCUCCAUCACCAUCUGCUCCUCCCCAUCUCACCUGAUCGGUCAGGAGUUGCGGGAGGUGGUGGCGGUUGGAUGGGGCGGGGGCGGGACCAACAGCUGCCUGCCUCACAUCACCCCUCAUGCCUUUCCAUCGACCAUGAACGUCAGCGCUGGGCAGCCAAUCACACUGGAGUGCUGGGCAGACGCUGAUCCCGCCCCACAGUUCUAUUGGGUGACGCCAAAUGGUGACAAGGUGAGCUCAGAGGCAGUGGCGGCACCAAUCAUAUCAGAGCAGGGGCGUGGCCUGAGCAGGAGGAAGAAGAAGAAGCACCGGAUGUCAGAUCCUGGCGCAUUGGUGAUUGAACAUGCAGAGCCAUCAGACGCAGGUGUGUACACCUGUGUAGCCUGGAACAUCGAGGGAGCAGACACCAAGAGUAUCUCGGUGUCUGUAGACUCUCAGGGAUAUGGUGGCUCUUGGUCUGGUGGGGGGAAUGACCCCAACAGGGACAAGAUCUGGCUGGGGAACUCGUCCAGUGGUGCAGCCUCUCUUGUGGUGCUCGCUAAGGUGGUUCACGCCCAGUCUGUGGUGUUGGAGUGGAAGUUGUAUCCCAGUGGAGGAGCUUCGACUGUGAGUUCAAACCAUCAUGACAUCCCCCUCCCUCUUCCCCGGUGGACGAGUGCAACCGUGCACAUUGACAACCCUCAGAUCAGCUACACCGCCAAGGUCCCAGUUGACGUGCAGGAGUAUAAUCUGACUCAUCUCCUUCCUGCCACUGAAUACCACGUCUGCCUCACGGUCUCCUCCUUUCCUCUUUACACCACCUUUCCUUCCUCCUCUCCUAGCACUUCCCCUACUCCUGUGUCUCCUUCCUCCUCCCUCCCCUCUGGUCCUAUCCACACCUCCUGUCUGAACAUCACCACUAAGGAGGCGGGUUUCUCAGUGGAGCUUGUAGCAUCGCGGCGCAACAGCGUGGCACUGGCGGCCGUAAUGGGCUCCAUGUUCGCUUUGUCCAUCAUGGCGCUGCUGGUGGUGUACAUGGGCCGGCGCGUGCAGCAGCACAAGUCCUGCGGCCACUCGCUGAAGAAGUACAUGCAGCAUGCCACAUCCAUCGGUCUGAAUGAGCUUUACCCGCCGCUCAUCACGCUGUGGGAGAGCGAGGCCGAGAAGGACAAGGAUGACAAAGAGGAGGAGGAAGAGAGGGAGGGAGGCGGGAGAGGGGAGGAGGCGGGCGGGAGUCAGAUCGACACCACAAAGACGUACAUGUGGUAGCUGAAGGAGGGUGGAGGGCGAGGUUUGACAGACACUUGAAGGGGACGAGGACUGACAGAAGUGAAGCUUGAUGGAUGGAAGGGGUCAUGUGACUCGAUGAGGAGCCUGACAGUCAAAAAAGAUGGGUAAAGAUGUCCAAACACACCUGACUGCUGCGAGAGGGGAAGGUGUGAACUGAUCAAUACAGCAGGACACCCAUCUCAGCUCUCUUAAAAGAAUUUUCUUUUGUAUGCUUCAGUCCAUUAAUUACAAACCAGCAAUCAUCUUGCUCCUGCUAAUCACUUCCCAUCAUGAGCUGUUAAUUAGAUCCAUUUCCUUUCUUCCAGGUGACCGCUUCCAUCCCAGAUAGGAUAAACUAUAUAGGCACCUUUAAAGUCAGUUCAUUUAUGCAGUUUAAUUUUGUUUUUCUGUAAUUAUUGAGCGACAAAAUCGAAGGUUGGAAAAUGAAGCCAAAGCUGAGGUGCCAAAAACUGCAGUUCUGCUAAUGUCCACCAGAGGCAGGCUCCAAAAGUGAGUGGAUUCCCAUAGACUCCAAUGUUAAACUGCUCACCUAAACAUGUUUACAGCCUGCUACAAAAAGCAGUUUGGGCCCUGUGAAUAGUAUCCCUUUUUAUGGUUCAUUGAAUACGAUUACAGUCUUGAUAUCUGGCUUGCAACUGCUUUGACUGCUUUGAUAAAUAACAAAUGUUUCCAGCUAAAAGCCAAAGGAACAAAAUGUGGAUUUCCAUUUUAAUUGCCACAUAAAUUUAUUUUACGUGGCGUAAAAUGUUCUUUGAGCACACUGACUGUAGAUUUUCUCUCAAAUCUGUUUUUGAAAUAAUGACAAAAGUCAUCAAGUGACCUUGAGAUUUGUAAGGAUCACCAGAACUGGUCAGCAGCUCAGCUGCAGCAUUCUGGACCAACAUCUGUACAUAGUGAACUGCAGCAGUCCAGCCCAGAGGUAAUGACAUAAUGAGUGACUUUUUCAGGGAAAGGAAGAGUUUGACACCAAUGAUCUGAGAACCAGAAAUAUUAUCAAGUGCAAUCCAGGAAGAAUGUUCAGUUUUAUUUUAUUGCAUUUGGGGAAACUUAGCAACAUACAGUUUUUAAUAUUACCCAACACUUGGAGAGAGUGGGGAGAAAAAAAACCUUUAAACAGGAAGAAACCUCUGAGAAACCCAGGAUUAGGGAGGCGUCUGCUCUGACUGGCUGUGAGAGGAGCGCUGGGAUCUGUCGAAAGUUAAAAUGAAUUUCUGAUUUGUGGUUUAUGGGCUGAAGCACAAAAACAGUGAUGAAAGUUUCUGUUUCUUUCGGGGUUUUUCUGAGCAUUUCUCAAAGCUUCAUUCUUCUUCUGUCAAACUGGAGGAACUGCAGGACACAUUUAAUACAGGGGCAUUAAGAAGAGGUCGCUUCUCAGAUGCACUUCUCAAACUGUGGGUCGGGGCCCCGUUGUUGGGCCGGCAGCUGGUUUAAACGGGACAUCUCUUCUGAGGAGAGCCCAGUGAGUCCAGCUGUUUCACCUCUGUCCCCCCUUCUCCCUUUCUCUAUCUCCUCUCUGUCAAGCACACUGACAGUAGCUCUGCUGUUAAAAAAAACGGAUUAUUGUAAUUUAGUUCAUCUGAUGAACACAAAUGCAGCACUAACAUGCAGCACAGGUAGCCAUGUGGAAUAUCUCACUUUAAAUGUCUUUGGAGAUGGUUAAAGGUCCCGUAUUCACAUUCCUGUUAGCUGGACUGAAGAUUCACUCAUCAGAGAGGUGUCUGACGAAAACAAGGCUGCGGGCAUUUUGGAGUUAAAGCAGGUGGUGCUGAAGUUCACAGAGAUGUAUUUAACAGCAAUUUCAAAGCAACAAAAUAGACUUCUUUUUUUUUUUUUAAGUUAAAAGCAUUCGGAGUGUGGCAGUGAUGCUUAGAAAUUCAUAAUGGAUAAGAAAAAGCUUUUAGGGAUGCACUGAUAUAUCGGCCUGAUAUUGGUAUCGGUCCUAUUGUCUGAUAUUGGCAAAUGAGAUGUAUUUACUGCCGGGUCACAGCAAACAGUUGCACUGAAUUGAUUAAUGGCGUAAAGACUAAACAGACUAAAAACAUAUUGGUAUCGGUUUAUUUUGAAUAUCGGCCCAGAACCUCCCAGCAGGAUCACCCCUGAAAGCUGUCAGGCCGAGCGUUGGGAAAACACUCCGUCACAGAUGUUUUAGCUCCAGAUUCGCCUCUACAUCAAUCUCAGGGUCUCUUCACAGCUAAAACUCUGAACCAGGUUCAUGUUUUGUUUUGGUUUCAUGUCGCGUUUAUGCAAAAAAAAAAAUCUAUAUGACAUAACCAUGACUGUCGUUGUUGGCGGCGUCUCCUGAUACACGACGGCUGGUGUUACCGUGUUGUGAGCUCAGCAGGUGGCGAUCGAUCAGCGUUUUAAUUCAUCAACAGAUUCUUUCACAUCAAGCUAUAGAACAGCCCAUUUACCAGGAGUCCUUUUACUGCUGCUUUUUCAGGAGCUUGAUGGGACACGUUCUGCUUUUUGCAUUAUCUGUCAUAUAUUUGACACCAGAUGCUUCGAUUUAAAAGUGGAAGUUUCAAAUAAUCAGCUAAAUUCAGUGAUUCAAAAGCUUCAGACUGCUCUGAAUUCUCCCCAGCCUUUUUCAGUCUGCAGAAAUGGCCAGUAUGAAAUACAUAAGGAUUUUUUUUUCUUGUUAACUGUAAAUCCUGCAAAGCUACUCUAGAGGAGUUCCAGGACAAAAAUAAGCCAGCUAGAUCUCUUUAGCUCAUUAGUUCAUGGGCCACAUAGAGCCCGAUUUCAUAAGUGGGUCAAAGCAAUAAACCCAGUGUUAACCAAUCAUUCUGUCAGUGAUUCAGACUGUUUCAGUCAACACAAAACUUCCUGGUGUGCAGUUCAGUGAAAGGUCCAAAAAUGCUCCUCCUGCCACAUGUUGGACACCUCUGCUUUAGAUCCAGCGGUUUCAGGGAAGCGGUAUGAUCUUCCUCCUGUUCAUCUGCCGGGGAGCCUUGUGGAUUUUUUGGAAAAAAAUCUUUAAAACCAUUUUAUUUGCUAAAAGCAACACUGCACACAUUAUUUUCCAACUGUACUUUCAGAACUUGAUGUUCAUCCUCUUUCAGGUCAGCUUCAAACCAAACACAAGCAUCCACUUCCAGUCUGAAUACGGGACCUUUAACCUUCCUGAAAUUCCACGUCACUGGACGCACUUGUCUUCAUCAGCAGCAUGAAUGCAUAACUUUAUAUAUUUCACUGCGUCGGAAGCAGUGCUCCGUGCACGGACACUAAUGGUGACCAUGUCCUGCUUUUGUCUGUUCACUAAUGCAGAGUUGUAUCCUCUGACUCUUUUCUAUCCUGUGACGUCCUCUGGGUUUGUCGCCCUUGGGGGGGCGGGUGUUGCUGCAUGCCUUUGCACUCAUGUUUAGGACUGUUUGUAUAAAACCACGUCUGCGUAGCAGCCUGCAAACUGCUGGAGGAGCGCUGGGUCCAGGAUCACACACCGAAUCUGCUCCCGAACACAAACACUCUGCUUUCACCAACGGAAAAAAGACUUUGGGGUUUUUUUUUUUUCUUCACUAUUGUUGCAUCAUGUUUCACUUCUUCUCAUCUGAGUAACUGUAGAGUCAUUUCUUCCCUCUGAGUCACUCUCUUCUCCCUCCGCCUGUUUCCAUCAUCUGUAACUUCUGUUUGACAAUUUUUAUUUUAUUUUUAUUUCAUCUCUGAACUCACUGUAAGACUUUAUGAAGUUAUUUCCUCUGUGGUAGUGAAACAGAAGCUCCUGCAUUUCACACAGAGGUUAACAAACAUUUAAUUGACUGAAAAAUCCAAACUGCAGGACUCUUUUUGAAAGCUCUUGUUGCUUUGAUAGCCUUUUGAUGACUAACACUGUGGAAUAAAGCAUCAGCAAGAACGA